AUGGACGGCAAGGUCGCAGCAAAUCAUGAUCGGGGACAACGUGGAUCAGAUGUAACAUCCCGUGCCGAAGACGAGCGAACCAAACUGAGCCUGAGUGAGGUGAAAACCAUCGGCGGGGGACUCACCGUCAAAUUCAGCUCCAAGACCGUGCACGAGGAGAUCACUCCGUCCGUUAUCGAACCUUGGUUCGGUGUUGGCCGCAUCCUAUACUCGUUCCUUGAGCACAGCUUCCGAAGCCGCGAAGGCGACGAACAGCGCAGCUACUUCUCGUUGACCCCGGUCAUGGCCCCGCUCAAGUGUUCAGUACUGCCGCUGAGCAACAACGCCGACUUCACCCCAUUCAGGAAGAUCUCUUCAUCCCUUACAAGCGUAGACAUCUCGCAUAAGGUGGACGACUUGAGCGGCUCGAUCGGUCGACUGACGAAGCAAUGGAAUUCGAAGCCGUCGAGCUGGUUCAGAGUAAUCCAUGGCCGCCGAUGUUUCCGAUUGAACAGAACCACCACUGUGACGAGCGUGGCCGGCGAACCGGUCAAGUAUGCGGAGAUUCGUCACGAAGGAAUCUACGCGGCGUCGUGCGAGAACUGCUUUUACUGGGUUGUGGUGCUGGGAAAGACCGUCCCGUCGAAGAUCUUGCGCAAGGUUCACCUGAUCGAUUAUGGCAACGAGUUGGUCAUUCCGUCAACGGAGUUGCGGCCGCCGCUGCUGUUGAUGAAAACCUUGGAAAAAUCUGCGCGCGUUUCAGAUGAAGAUCGUCAAGUUGAGCCAUCCGCUCGAGGUCAAUGAGCGUAUCCGGAUUCGGAUGAAGAACGCUGCGGAGGUUGAUGGCCGUGAGCUGGUGGAAAUCGUUCAGCCAUCGGUGACGCCGUUCCUGUUCGACAUGUUUCGUCCGCAGCUUACGACACCGCCCGAGCCAAAUGAUGUAGUUGAUGAACGAUGCGCUGAUGAACUCGCAUUGCCGUACCGGGCUCGAGUCUUGAAGGUCGUAUCAGCAAACGCCGUUGAAAUCCUCGAUCUGGACAACAGCUCCAUUAAAACGGUUCGCUUAGACAACAUGUUCAACGACGUCAAGCUGAUCGACCUGAGCAUGAACCGCUCGCUGGGUGCCCUGCUGCUGGAGAACCACGACAAGAAGCUCAACGAGGCGGACGGAGCGGGAAAGUUCAAGCGCGAGCGGAGUUCGGAAAGUUCAAGGUCCCGAAGAAGGCCCAAUUCGAUCUGGUCAUCCUAGUGGAGCUGCACGGGUUUAGCGAUGGCAAGGGAUCCGGAGUGUCGACCGGUGCCGCCUAGAAUGACGUUGUAGGCCGCCCCGAGGGAGAGUUUUUUUGUUAAACUGGAAACAAACAUUAAAA